AACUCUGAACAGUGUACACAUACAGGGCUAAAUACAAGGCAUACACUGUUCUCACUCUCUCAUGAACUACUCUAGCAAACUGUUUUUGGAUCUGUAAGAAAUCAACAGUCGUGGGUUCCUGAACAUUUUCCUGCGCACACCUUCUGUAAGAAUCUUCUUGGUGUAGUCUCAACUGUGAGGAGUAAUCAUAUCUAGUGGAAAUAUGGGGCUGGCUCAAUUCUUUGUAUACUCCAUUGUAAGACUUGUGUUUGUAAAACUCCGAGGAUUAUAUUGGAGAUUGACAGGCCUAUCUUCUACUUUUGAGGAGAUUAAUGCUGGAAAUAAUUACAAGAAAUCGGCUCAAGUCGGGAAAAUCAUAUGGCGUGGGAAGUUUAUGGAUUUCAAUGUUGCACAGGAAGCUGAUUUUUUAUACACACAUGAGAAAUUUGAUGACCCUAGAUGUGUUCAUGAUGACAACAUAACCUUAUAUGGCAUUACAGAUAAUAAAGAGGCCUUAUUUGUGGAAACCCCACCUGAUAUUAAUGUCUACAGCUCAGACGUGAAUCCAUUUUUCUACAUCGCCCAAUAUAAACAUGCAGUGAGGUUAAUAAAGAUGCCCUUUGAUAGCUUCACUAAGCUGGCUGAUGAAAUAGGUGACCCCAAGAUGAAAGUGAUAUUAAUAUCGAGCACUGGGAGGUGUGGAUCAACGAUACUCUCACAAGUGUUUGAGGCGACCCCUGGACUUAUCACAAUUGCAGAGCCUGACUCAAUGACUAAGCUAACCGUAAUGAGACUUGAUAUGGACAAAAGUGUUUGGUCACAAAUGGCCAAGAAUGUGAUAAGACUACAAUGUAAGCCCAGGUCAGAUGAUGUUACAAGUUAUUGCAUCAAGACACGCUCAGUUUGCACCAGGGAUGUUGAUUACAUUGCAGAGGCAUUCCCAGAUAUAUACCAACUGUACUUAUACAGAGAUAACCUUAAAACAAUCAUGUCCAUGUUUAAUGCCUUUGCAACUACAACAUUCUUCCGAAUGUUUUAUGCUUGCCAAACUAAUAUCAUAUUGAGGAAUUGUGCACCUAAGAAAAUGAGGACCAUGCUCGUUGAUAUGUUUGCUCCUGAUAAACAUUUGAAAUGGGCAAAAGAGAAAAGUUUUGUUCAAAAUAUGUCAAUGCACUCUGUUAUGACUCUUGGCUGGGCUGGCAUGAUGUUAGAGUACAUGGACCUGAACAAAAAUGGUGUUAAAAUAGCAGCUAUAAGAUAUGAAGACAUGCUAAACAAUCCUUCCAAGGCUGUUAAAGCAAUUUUCAAGUACUGCAAUAUCUCAGAGGAUUUCGUUGCAAAAGGUGUUGAAGCUAUGGCAAAAGAUUCCCAAAGAGGAACUGACAUCCAGAAAGACAAAGUUACCAAGAAAGAAAUGACAGAUGACAUGAAAAUUGAACCUAAUAAGAUUCUUGCACGUGUGGGAUUACCUAAACUUGACGAGCCAUGUAUUGUGCCUGGGUUAAUCACAGGAGAUACACAAAGCUAAAAUUAUCACAAAUAUAAUAUGGAGAAUUAAGCAAGUUAGUUUUUAUGUACAUAAAGGAAAGAUUGCUAUCAAAAACUAUUAUAUCAAUGAACCCAUAUAUAUUUUAAUUGGCUAUUGCAAUCUAAGAUGAAAUUAUACUCAAAAUUGUAAAUCACACAAGAAAAGAUGGCCAUAUUGUAAAUGACACAACUACCCAUACAAGAAAAUAUGAACAGACGUGCUUACAACAGUACAUUUAAUUAAAUGCGCAUCAACGUGAAAAUUACAUUCAGUUUUGGAACUGGCAACCAAACUAUCAAAGAUUUAAAGUUGUAAUGAUUACUGAUAACAGUGUAACAGUG